CCAGUGUGUAUCGAUGUGUGUGCCCUGUGGACGAAAUAAAGUUGAUUGAAGCUGCUUCAACUGGAAAAGCGAUAAAAAUUCAGGUGUGAAUGUGAAUAAUAGCAAAAUAAACGCAUCGCUGACAAAAGUCCAACAACGGAGCAAAGUGAACGAGCGCCUCGCGCACUAAACACAAUGUGUGCACAAUUGUUGUUGCCGCCACCGCUGCCGCUGCCACUGUCGCUGUCUCUGCCGCCUGUGGCACAUACAUCAUUAAAUAUUAAAUCAAUAUUCAUAGUCUUACUGGCCACACUACUGCUGAGCCCCGAUGCGGUGCUGUCGCGCAAACAUCACUUGGAAGUUCGCAAUGAUAUGCGUCCAUAUAUUGCGCUGAGCACCUUUGGUUUCUACAUAAAUGGCCACUUGGAUGUGCAGCUCAGUAAAUUUACAAUAGAUGAGGAGCGUUCAACAGAUUUGUUCGGACUCUCGCUGGACAAAACAACAAUAGAUCAACUGAAUCCGUACUUGGACUCGCAUCAAAACAAAUGUAUAUUGGAGGAGCCGCCAGCAAAGCAAACCAGCGGUCCCAUACUAUUCUUUCUGCUGGACCUGAAGGAAUUGAAGGUGCGCGUGCAAUGCUCACCAGAAUGGUCGAAUUUGCACAUUUAUCGCGGAAAGCGUCACUCGCAUGUGACCCAAGUCAGUGAUUCGGCUUUAUUCAUGCAAAGCCGCCGACGUCGUGAUCUUGAUUCGGAGGAUAUGGCUGACGAUCUUGAGGAACACUUCAACGAGGAGCCUCUCGAAGCGGAUGAUGCCAAAAGCCCAGAUUAUAAGCCAUCAUCGCCACUUGUGGCGGGCAAAAUUGCCAUCACGCCCUCAGCUAAACCUGGCUCUUUGGAGGCACAGGCAGCGGAAGCAGUACCCAUCAUAGUUUCAUCGUCUAAUGAGGAGUCACCUGAUAAACCAGCAGCUUCCAUAAAGGCUUCUGAUGCGGCACCCAUCAAAGAAGCACCGGCAGCAAAUGCUCCGUUGGCUGCACCUCAACAGUCUCCCAAUGUGCCACCAAUUGCUGCCGGUUCUGCUGCCAUAUCAAGUAGCAUCCUAAGCGCCACUCCGUCAAGCGCCAAAAGCAAUGAACCUGCACCUGUUGCAGCUUCAGCUCCUGCGCCCGCUCCAGUUCCUGCACAGCCUUCGUUUAAAACCAUCAUGAAUAGCAAAUCCUCCGCGGAACUCAACUUUGAUGAGAUCAAUUCGUACAAGCCCGAGCAAGGUGAUCUGUGCCACGAUUUUACUCUGCCCCUGGAGAAAGAGACCAUCGAUGGGGUCAGCUAUUAUAAUUUCAGCUUUAAUAUGUUUGUGACUACGCUGCAUGAGGAAGGCCUCUAUAAUCUCUAUUUCCAUGCCUGUCCCAACUAUCGGAAUCCCAAAAUUGUUUCAUUCAAUGUGGACAUUGAGGAGAAUAACAAUGGCAAUUAUUUAUCGGCUGGCGAAAUGCCGCUACCUGCUUUAUAUUUUAUGAUGAGUCUACUAUUCUUCUUGUCUGGACUCUUCUGGGUGUUUAUUCUGAAGAAGAGCAAGCACACUGUUUACAAAAUACAUUACCUAAUGGCUGUGUUGGUCUUCCUUAAGUCGCUUUCGCUGAUGUUCCAUUCAAUUAAUUAUCAUUUUAUUGAGAAGCGUGGCGAGCAUGUCGAGACUUGGGCCAUACUCUAUUACAUAGCCCAUUUGCUGAAGGGGGCUGUGCUCUUCAUUACCAUUGUACUAAUCGGCACUGGAUGGACAUUUAUUAAGCACAUAUUAUCAGACAAAGAUAAGAAGAUAUUUAUGAUUGUAAUACCGCUGCAGGUGCUGGCGAAUGUCGCACAAAUUAUUACCGACGAAUCGGACCAGAGCGAUGCCGAAUUCCGCACCUGGCGCAACAUUUUCUUCUUUGUGGACUUGCUUUGUUGUGGAGCCAUAUUGUUUCCCAUUGUUUGGUCGAUACGACAUUUGCACGAGGCCUCCGCCACCGAUGGCAAGGCGGCAAUUAACUUGCGGAAGCUGAAGCUCUUCCGCCAGUUCUACAUCAUGAUUGUCUGUUACAUUUACUUCACGCGCAUCAUUGUGGAUCUGCUGCAGAUGACAGUGGUGUUCCAAUAUGCCUGGCUGGAUGAGAUGUUCCGUGAGAUGGCCACCUAUGUGUUCUUUGUGCUGACUGGCUACAAAUUCCGGCCCGUCUCCUCACAUCCCUACUUCACCGUGCCCGACGACGAUGACGAUGAGGAGGUCGAGGUGCUCACCGCAUCCGGCCUCACCGAGACGUUGCAUCGCACCAAAACGCUCAAUCGUGUACCCCAACCGACCACAACCAUUAUCGAGGGCAACGAUGAUGAGCGUGAGAAUCUGAUUGCUAAACGAGAAUCAAGUCAUGAAUACGAUUAGAUAUACAUAUACACAUAUAUAUAUAUAUUUAACAAAGAUGUGCUGCACAUUCGACACGUACUUUAAGCGGCCCCCCAAAGCCGAACAAUAAUGCCUAGUUUGUAAUUCCCUCUCGUGUGCAAUGCAAAAGCAAUAGAGCCAACAAUCGGGAAUUGGACACGGGAUCGAGAGUGCCACGAUCAGCCAUUCACACACCCACACACACACACACACACAUAGGUGUAUAUACAUAUAGUUGCAUGAUCACCGACGCCCAAUCACUGCAAAAUUUGCUCAUCAUUGGCCAAUUGGUUGUCCGCAGCGCAGCGCAGCGUGUGGCAUCGCGUGGCGCUCCCUAGACCGUGUUAUUUUAAUGCUAAACUUUUUCCGUUUGUUUAGGACAUUUAUAAUAUAAUUUCAAGAGUAUAACAAAGCUUUAAUAUAUGUAUCUACAUUAGACGAAA